CAGGUUUAUAUCACCAGCAAAGAUCUUGUGGAUUUUGUAAAUGCCCUUCACAAUCUUUAGCAGUCCAAUUACAUGUAGGUCAAUCCAAAUCAAAAGUAUACAUGCAUGCAGAUGGUGACUCCACUGCCAAAUGAUGAUGUGACUCCCAGAUGCAAGGCUUCAAUCACAAUCUACUUUGUCUUUGUGCCGUCAGCUGUCUGCGUGCCAGAGUGGAUGAGAUCUUUGGGGAGAGAGACCAGAUCAGGUCAACAUUAAUGACACAGGUAUAGACGCUUGCUUUGUAAUCGCAAACCAAAAAACGUUCAGAACUUCCACACAAGAACAGCUGACAGCCAUGAAUUGCGUGUACUGAAACCUAUAAUGUGGCUUAAAUAUGGAUUUAUGCAGUGGCUGGAUUUGCAGAAUAAUUCUUGAAAGAGUUUGGACAAGCCAUCCUUUCAAUCAGGAUUUGAACCUAGAGUCCCCUGGGACAUCAAGACCUGUGGAAAAACAGCAAGAGGAUGUACCUUUAAUAGAGCUAAUGAAAACUGAUGCACCAUCUGUACAGUCUUCAGCAGAUCCCAGCUACAGUUCUGAAUCAGUACCGGUGCAUUCAAAAGAUGAAUCUCCCCAAGUUGCCAAUACCACUGAGAUACAAGAGCUGGGACUGCCCACAUUAGAAGGGAAGAGUUUAGAAGCACCACCCAAAAUUUGCUCUGAAAACAGCACCCAGGAUUCUGAACCAAACUUAUCAGAUUUAAAGAAUGAUGUUGUUUGUACCAUUGAACCCAACGAGCCCAAGGAGGUGGAAGUGCCGUUGUUAGAGAGAACAGUUUCUGAAGUGCCACCAGUAGCAACAUCCAUAGGUCCUUCAGAAUCAGUCCGCCGUAGACGCUGGCGCCAUCGGUACAGACCCCAUAGAAGGCCACCACGUGCAACCAAGAAAAUCCUAGCAAUCCUGUGUUUAGUGACCAUCCUUGCUAUGAUUGCAGUUGGAAUUUACUUCAUUGUGAGGCACUUGGAGAGGCCCAUUGAAAAGAAAAACCUGAUUCCAACGGGAGGCAAUCCUCCCACAACCAACUGCAAUGCAACUGACCAAGAGUUCAGCAGCACAGCUCCAAUCACAGUUUCUUUCAGAGUUAAUUCUGAGAACUUGCUAUUGGAGAUACGUAACCAUUCAUGGCAAGGCUGGCUUCCUGUAUGUGGCACCAAGUGGAAUUCCUCUCUGGGUGAACUGAUGUGCAGAUACAUGGGACAUAUCAAAUACCUGAGUUCUGAUGUAGUUAGUGUGAGUGAGAUUGAACGCAAUUAUGCACAGGGAUUCGCUGAGAUUGCUAAUGGGCAGGACAGUAAUUUGGAAAACAUCUGGGGCUACAGGACUAACUGUACAUCUGGAAAAGUAGUAAAAUUGAAGUGCUCUGCAUGCGGGGAGAGGCAUGACUUUUCCAUGAUUGUUGGAGGACAGGACGCCACACUGGGAAGUUGGCCCUGGCAGGUGACGCUGUACUAUAACUACCAGCACACGUGUGGGGGGUCCAUCCUCGAUGAGUACUGGCUCAUUACUGCAGCUCACUGUGUGCACAGGUUAUCAAUUGCUCACAACUGGCGCGUGUAUGCUGGGAUUGUGGACAGACAGAUCAUUCUAUUCACCAGCAUUCCCACCUACGUGGUCGACAAAAUUAUCUACCACAAUGACUAUAAUGAUGACACUCACGACUAUGACAUUGCGCUCAUGAAGCUGAGGAAACCAAUUACAUUUACUGAUACUGUGGAGGCAAUCUGUCUGCCAAAGUACAACCAGCAGAUCAUACCGGGUAAAAAGUGCUGGAUAACAGGCUGGGGACAAACAAGUGAAGAUGCCGACUUCACAGAAAAUGUUUUAAAGGAGGCUUCUGUCCCUCUCAUCAGCACCGAGAGAUGUAACAGCAGCUGCAUGUACAAUGGUGCCAUUACUCCCAGAAUGCUGUGCGCUGGAUACAGGGAGGGCAAAGUUGACGCAUGCCAGGGUGACAGUGGUGGCCCUUUGGUAUGUGAGGGAAUUAGUGCCUGGCAUUUGACCGGCGUGGUGAGCUGGGGGAUCGGAUGCGCCAAAGCCAAUCACCCAGGAGUUUAUGCAAAGAUUUCAGAGCUCCGAGAAUGGAUAUACAGCGUUAUUGAGGACAACUCUAUCUCUUAGAAAACGUUCUGCAAUCUUCUGAAACAACAAGAAGCAUGUUUUGCCUAGAAGCAGAAAGCAGCAGACCUGAUGGUUUUAUAUCUUCACUGUCUCUGGAUAUCAGACUUUACGACCCUAUGUGAAAUUAUACCCUGUGCAAGGAAGGUUAAUGAUAAUUGUUGCAUCAGACUCACCGAGUGUGGACCAUCAAUUGUUUUUUCUCCAGAAAAUGUUUUUCCCAGAUGGAACGUCAGAGGACUUUUUACAGCCUGUGUGAACGUUGUGUCAGUAACUGUUGUAAAAAGAGGUUUCUCCUCAUUAAAUCAUUUAUUUGCAGCUAUUCUGGUCUAAGUGUACCAAUCUGGGUAGCAUCGUUUUACAAAUUUCUUUAAUCCUGAUUAAUUUCUGGUUGGCAUGAUAAGCUGGCAGAUGAGCCUGUUUCCAUGCUCUAUAACAGUCUGACUUUGUGACGCAAUCCAUUGUUUGACAACCUGACCCUGUUUUGAGUCAAAUUUGUAAAAUAAGAUGAACGGUUCUCAAACUUGAACUUCCGGUAAUUGUCCCCCCUCUCCCUCACCAUUCCCCAUUCCUGUUUCUCUCUCUCACCUUAUCUCCUCACCUGCACAUCACCUCCUUCUGGGGCUCCUCCCCUUUUCUUUCUUCCAUGAUCUUCAACCCCCUCCUAUCAGGUUCCCCCUUCUCCAGCCCUUUAUCUCUUUCUCCAAUCAACUUCCCGGCUCUUUACUUCAACCCUCCCCGUCUCUCAGUUUCACCUAUCACCUAUAACCUUGCACUUCUUCCUCCCCCUACCCCCACCUUCUCUUCUAUUUUUCCUGUCCAGAUGAAGGGUUUCAGCUCAAAAUGUCGACAGUUUACUCUUUUCCAUCGAUGCUGCCUGGCCUGCUGAGUUCCUCCAGCAUAUGCAGAUUUUCUCUUGUUUAUGAGUGGUUCUCAAACCGGUUUGCCUAGAAUUGUUCAAAGCAGUAUUGAAGAUAAGAUUAAAAUUAUCUUUUUUAGUUUACAUUUCACUUCAAUUUGGAUUGCUGCAGUGAUAGAUCUUGCUGCAAAGAUACAAGAGCUUGCAAACUAAAUACUGUCUUUCAAAUUGCCAUGUUCUUGAAAGACAGCUGCAGCCUAGGCCAUUAACUACAGUUGAGCACAUGUAGUUUGCACAAUACUGUAGUAAUUUUAUGUACUGCUACCACACAAAAAAACAAAUUUCAUGAUAUAUGUAAGUGAUGAUAUGAU